AUGUUAGACACAUCUCGUGCUGUGGAAAUCUUAGAUGGCUUUCAACAGAAGCUCAAGUCCCAAGGGGACACCGACAAUGACGAAGAACUUGAGCGGAUCAAACAGAUGUUGGAGAGUCCACUAUUUAGGCAACUUCUAGUCAUACAGCAGUCUAUUAAACGACUUAAUAAACAACUCCAGCAUUCACCGCCUGGUUCAGUGAAAGAUUUUGAGUUUUCGCCUACAGGAGAGCUUGUAUUUCCUCACCAGUCUAGCUCAGAUGCAGAGGGUGAAGUAAGGAAUGAGCCAGCAUCAACUGCUGGGGUAUUUGAUCAAGAACCCGAGCAGGUUGAAGUGCAACCGAGGAGUGAGCAACGAGACUUGCAAGAGCCCCAGGAAACUUCAUACGCUUAUGCCGCAACUCCAGAUCUUCCUGUAGAUGAAUUGGAUUUUGAGUUGCCAGAAGAUAACAGAGAGCAAAUUAAUGACGAGCUUAAGAAAUCCAAAUUUGGCCAGAAUGAAGACUUUCAGAAGGGCAUUGAAACUCUUGCACAGGGUCGUGAGAUUGAGACUGUGAAGUUAAUGAAGCCAGAUCAGGGAGGUCUGGGUUUUAGUGUUGUUGGAUUGAAAAGCGAGAACCGUGGGGAGUUAGGAAUAUUCAUUCAGGAGAUUCAACCCGAAGGUGUUGCUGGAAGGUAAAAGGAUAGAAAAUGAAAUUAUUAUUUAAUAGUUGUUACUAUUAUUAAAUAAUAGUAACAAGUAUUAAAUUUUGGCCACUUGAUAUUGUAAAUCUAUAUUUCUAACGGUAAGAUUGGAAAUUUAGUGUAUGUUGCAGUUAAAUUUUUCUUGGUUGGAUUGUCAUAAUUCAUGGAAAUAACGUAAGAAUUUAGCUGCAUCACAUAGAUACCUUUGAACAGAAUAUCAUUAGUGUACUUUUUUCCCAUAGAGAGUCACAUUAAUAUUUUUAGCCCUGGCUCCAAGACCCUUGUCAUGAUACAGUAUAAUUUUUUUUAUAUGCAAUGUCUUGGACCCAGCACUAUAAUAUACAAUGUAUGUCCCAAAUCUGAAUGUCGAAAUUUCACACAUUAUUAUAGAGGAGGAAACGACCCUUUCUUUACUUUACUGUCUAUUGUCUUUGUGCUCAUCUUCAACAUUCUCCAUGUUUUCAUCCAUCUUUGUAUUGUUGGUCUCCCUAAUCUGUACAGUCAUGUAUGUCACUGUUUCAACAGUUUCAAGGCUGUGACUUGUCAGAAUUUGACACUAGAAGGUCCUUCAUGUGAUGUACACUCUAAUGUCUGUCUUUUUUUGUGCUUUAAAGGCAUGGUCGUUUACAGGAAAGUGAUCAGAUCCUUGCAAUUGACGGCAAACAGCUUGAUAGUGGAGUAUCACAUCAACAAGCUAUUGGCGUUCUACAGCAAACAAGUGGUGAAGUUGAACUUAUUGUUGCCAGGGGAGGAAUACCUCGCUCACGAAAUCUGUCUCGUACAACUUCUGGUGCAAGUUCUAUGCUAUCCAGGACUCCGUCAGAUGUUAGUUCAGUGUCACAUACGUCUAUCACAGUGCCAGUAAGUACACGUUGUCCUUCUGUAUGUGAACUGUCCAAUCUGCCGCAUGAAAACGCAUGUUAACCCUUUAAGACCCAAUAUCGACAUACAAAUUCUCCAAAGUGAUCUCCAUACAUUUCCUUGAAGAAUUAGUUCAGAGAGUUAAUAAAAGAUCAAGGGAUUUCCUCUUUGGUGUUCAUUUUAUUAAUUCUCAUAACUUUAGCUCUUGACAAUGUAUGGAUAUUGUCAGGGGAAAAUUGAUGUUGGUCACAACUGGGACUAAAAGGGUUAAUCCACCAUAACUGCCCCGAUGUGUAAUUUGUAAAUUUAAACUACACUGUAGCACGGGGAUUGAGAGAGUAUGAAUGAUAAUGAUAAAUAUUAUAAUCUUACAUUUAUCUUUGCAUCAUUAUUUUCUGUCUUGGUCAAAAGGAGGCAGUGUGGCCAAGCAGUUAGAGCACUGGAUUUGUAAUUCAGAUUAAUUUGUUUGCAGUAGUCACAAGUUUAACUCCUUGACUACACUUGUAUUAUGUAAAUAGGCAGCUGGUUUGCCUCUGGUCAGUUGGGGUUCUUUAGCCAGUUUAAUUUGAUUUAGAUUAUUUGUUUCAGGCAUCUGCUUGGCCCCACUAGCACUAGUGUUACAACUGUAUAAAUGCUGCCGAGGGUACACAAAAAUGUAAACAAAGGACAUUGCAAGGAUACUUUAGGCCUAAGAAAAGAAAACUGUUCAUUAAAGCUCAGCUCUGUGUUGCAUGAGAUAUAUAUGUACAUACGCAUAUCCUGUACUGUAAACACACUCAUUAAUCAUUUAUAAAUACAUUAAUGUUGCUGUUUUUAUGUUUUGUUUCUUUCUUAAUUUCAUAUUGCUUCAACUACAUGUACAGGCUGGUGAUGGUGAGAAUUUACGGCAUAUUGAGACUGUGGAGCUACACAAUGAUGGUUCAGGUCUGGGAUUUGGUAUUGUUGGUGGUCGAAGUACUGGGGUGAUUGUUAAAACCAUCCUUCCAGGAGGUGUGGCUGACAGGGUGAGUCAUUGACUGUAUCAGAAGAAUGAGAUGCUGAAACAAUAAAUUUUCUUGACAUUUACAAAUUAAUGUCGCAGUUCCUUUGGCUAGGCUUUAAAUUUAAGUCUAAUAAAAACAUCACAACAAAACGUAUAGUGUAAAGGUGGGAGCACCGCUCUGCGAUCAGCAUGGUCGAUGACUUCCAUAGCUUGACUGUAUAGCCUUACUUAUCUCCUCAGACCUCAGAGCUAUUUUACAUAUCUGAGCCGGAUCAGUGUGGCAAAGUGGUGCUAUCCGGGUGGAGAUUGCAGUUUAGAGUUGUUGGUGGAAGCGAGACUGGGUUUUACCUGGGUUUUUUCAUUGACCCUUCUUUCUAAUAUGUUAAUCAGUUUCUAUGAACUAUGUGAACUUUAGCUCUCACUCAAAAUAUCAGUUAGUUAACCCGUGUUGCAUCUCUGAUUGAACUGUAGGAUGGACGGCUACGAAGUGGUGACCACAUUCUUCAAAUUGGAGAAGUCAAUGUUGGUGGAAUGGGUAGUGAACAGGUGGCGCAAGUCUUACGUAAAGUUGGACAGCAUGUCAAACUGGUUAUUGCACGACUGGUCAUCGGAGAAGAGCCCAUGGUAGAUGGUGUUACCGGAGAAGAGGUACAGUUGCCAGCCAAAAACUGUCAAAAACACAUUACAUGGAGAUACAUGUAAUGGCUACUUUUCAAUCAGUUUUGAUUUGUGCAAUUUAAAGGAAAACUGCCUGGAGAUUACUUACAAUAGCUUUUAAAAAAGAGAAAAAUAAUUUUGAAAAUAAUUGUCAAUUAGAGCCCCCCCCCUCCCCCCUUAUAAAAAAAUCAAACAAACAAAUGAAACUCAAGGGGCGCGAUCCAUUCAACCAAAAUUUCCGGAAAUUUCGGUCCAAAACUCAAUGGAUCGGUUCGGUCCAACCGGAAAAGUUUCGAAAAAACAGGUCCACCUUUUGAGGUGGUCCUCUUUUCCCGGUCGGACCGGUCUGAAUGUUGGUUGAAUGGAUCGCGCCCAAGAAAACAUCAGUCUGGAAUUUUUCUUGUUUCUUGUUUUAGGAGGAUAGAGAUGUAUCAACAUUUGAUGUUGAACUUGUGAAGGAUAGCAGAGGACUGGGAAUUACUAUUGCUGGUUAUGUUGAGCAGACAUCACCAGGUUCGUUUGUAAAUGUUUUUCUUGCUUGUGUUUGUUCAUGCUCAUUAUACGUACACGUACACUUCAUGUAUCUCUUGUACACUCACAGACUUUUAUAGGAGCUGUGUCUCGAAAAUUUUAUCAAAAUUCAAAUGAUUGUAACUGCCUCCAAACUGGGUGAAAGAUACUGAAACUACCCCUCAAAACAUUAAAAAGAGGUAAAAAUAACACAGUAAAAGAAGGAGCGAAUGGGUAAACUUAAUGGAGAAGACAGAUAAUGACAAUGCAAACACAGAUCAGAUCCGAUGCUUGAAGUGUUAACCACGUGGUCAGUAUGUCUCUGCUUUUGUUUAGUCUUUGAAGAUUUGUCAAUUAAGGCUGCAGUUUUGCAAAUGUUUCUGCCACAUGUGAGACAAUGGUCGUCAGAAUGAGCUGGCCCAAGAUCAAAGGUACAAAUGUUGGCAGGGAUAAUGUUUACAACACUGUGAACUUCUGGAUUCAUUGUUGUAGAUAGACAAGUGUACUGAAUUUAUCCUACUAGGAAAAUGUUUGGCUACACAUACAUUGUACAACAUUGCAUUUUACAAAAUGGGUAUGAAUAAUAAUAUCACUUCAUCCUCUUUGGCAGUUAAAAGGAUCAUUUCAGGUCGAAGGAAAAAAAAAGUUAUUAUUUUUUUUUUGCAUGUUUUUAUAGAGGAAUUAUCUGGGAUCUUUGUGAAGAGUAUAGCUGAAGGAAGUGCCGCUGCUGUUGAUGGAAAGUUAAGGAUUAAUGACCAGAUAAUUGAGGUACAGGGCUGCAAGUAACAAUGCUUGAUGCAGUGUAGCUGUCAGUCUAGUUUCAUUGUGUUAAAAUGUCCUCUUAGGCUAUAUACACACUACUGUAUACUGGUUAUCUUUUCGUGCCCCGAUGCAAAAAGCUAUCUAGUAUACAUCUGUAGUAUGAACACCUAUCCAACAUGUGACUUUCACUUUAGAGAUUGGUGCAGCGCAGCUCCUCGCUCUGUUACAGAAAUUGCGCUGAAAUCACUGUUCUUAUGUGUGAACGAAGCCCUUUCUCAUAAAUUAUGGUUUUCAUGCCGGCGCAAAAGCUAUCCAGCAUAGAGUGAACAUAACCUUAGAUGCCAGAAAAUAAUUAUGUAUGUACCUGUUUAAAAGUGUGUAUUACACCACAUUUUUGCAAACUAGUUAGGCACUUUUGAAUUGUGCGAAUAUAAUAGUUAUUGAUAUAUUUUUUAUCUCUUGAGUCUAUAAAACAUCAAAAACUAACACCCAUAGCUAAUUAGGCGGCUAAGCUGAGAGGGAUGAGUGCACCAUCUGCAAUGAUAACAGCCAUUUUACAAGGCUAUGCAUGUACGUUUGUAACUUUGUGGUCCAGCAGCUAUCCCAAAAGCUGAUAAUACAAUUAGGAACCUAAAACAUUGAUAUUAUUAUAAAUAAAGGCCUAGCACAGAUGCAGGCAGCCCAAAUUUUCUGGUUUUUACAGGUUGAUGACAUUAAUCUGCAUGGAAAAGACAAUCAACAAGCAGUUGAAAUUCUCAAACAAACAGGCCCUGUUGUGAGGCUGAAGGUGGCACGACAUGUCAAUCGCAAAUACAGCAGGUCAUAUACAGCUGGAUCAGUUAGUUCACAGGCCAGUUCAGGAUUAUUAGAAGCUUCGCCUGCAACAAUACAAGCAACGUCUACAGCUAGAAAACCAAGGAAAGGUAGGUUAAUACCAAUGUACUGUAUUACAAGUACUGACUGAUACAUGUAUUAGUGUGGAGCUAGUAUAAUAUUAGGUAGUAGUACGUGUCAAAGAAUCAGAGGCACCCAAUGAUGGAAUGUGUUCAGAUAUGUCAGAAGUCAGUCUCAGAUGGUUUUCUCUCUGUUUUAGAGGCCUGUUUGGUUAAUUUGGAGCUUCCCUAAAAGCUAUUAUUUAUCUGUUCGCAUGUUUUAGGGGGAUGUUUAUCAUCCCAACAGUUUUAGGUGGCUUUUUUGUCUAUGCGCAACUGUUACUUGUAGCUACUCUGGUAUUUAAGUUCGAAAGUUUUAGGACACAGAGUAGCCAUACUUUAAAUAGAAAAUUCUAGGGGAGCUAUUGCCUUUAUAACCAAAUUUUCAGGAGACCUUUUUUUAAUUAAUAAUUGCAACAUUGUGGUAGUAAAAUGUGAAAAACACAACCUCCAUCAGUUGUAGGUAAGGUAGUAGAAAACGUCUGAAUAUCUUAGACAAAAUAAUGGAACAGUCAUACUCAAAUCUUCAGACUUUAUCAAGCUUUAGAAAUUUCUAGGCAAUAUUUGAGUAACCUUGAACAGACAUCAGAAAAAAAGUCGUUGGAUGCCCCUAAAGAAUUUUGUGUAGUAAAAUAUUUUAAUUCAUGCAUAUAAUUAAGACUUGAUGAAUAUUCAUCUUAUUUGAUGACUUGGUAGAGCUGGUUACCUUUUGCCUAACAAGAUUUUAAGUUACAUAUAAAAUUUAAGUUUAGCUGACAUAGGUGCCAUCUUCAGCUUAAAGUUUGACCCUUGGAGGCAAGAGCUUGAAAAUUGAAAUUGUUAAUUCAUGAUAAUUACUUUAGAAUUUUUCUUUCAGAGCCAGAAGCUGUUAAAGAGCACUACAGCAACCUUCUUGGAGAUAGUGUGGACAUUCUAGUGAGUUUGACCUGAUAUGUGUUGUGUUGUAGCCUUGUAGGUUAGUUACCAGUGUGUCCAUCUUGAAGGGAGGGGCCUGUAUUUGAGUAUACAUGUAGAGUGUUCAGUAUCUGAUCUGCAUUUUUAAUAUUUUGCCCAUUCACCCAUGAACUCAUGCCCAUAAACACUCAUGCGGAUUGAUGUCCCUCGUACCAUUUCCGAUGUUAUCAGUUUAAGGGUCAAGGACAGCUUUUGUAGGAGGAAGAAGUCUUUCAAACCAUGCAAUAGCGAGCAUGAUUUGGUCAAGGAUGCCAGAGGAAAACACACACACACACAGAAAAACCAUCCACGUGUUGAGUUGACCCAAAAAUUCAAAUGAAAGUCUUGUUGCACUACUCAUCUUAAGGAAAAAUUGGCCAAGGAAAGCAAAAGAUCAAAAAAGAAGGACUGGAAGCAAAAUGUAUAAGUCGAGACUGCUGUGUGUAACUUUUAAAUCCAAAAACUGGAAAUUUUGCUUUCCACUCUUCUAGAACUUCAGAUGUUAUGUACAAAUGGCAUUUUGGGCAAAUUUGGUUCUUUAUAUCCACAAAGUGACCAGAAAACAGCUCAACUAUGUGUAGCUUCAGAAGGCUUUUUUGGGCAAACUUCUUGAGAGUGAAUUGGUCAACUUUUUGCAUGAUGUUCCUGGAUAAAACAUGCUGCAUAAAAUAAUACUGUUUUUAUCAAUAGGUUGCAGACAUAUCCAAAUUCCAGCCUGGUGGAGGACUGGGUAUCAGUUUGGAAGGCACACAAAAUCCACUAGGUAUUACAAAAUGCAAAAUAUUAGUAAAGGUCCAGUAAGCAUUUCUUUGAUGUGAAUAACUUUAUUGCAAUAUACUGUACACUUUACUGUUGAGUGGUGAAAGAUCUGUUGUGGUCUUAUAGCCAUUGAUGUUGUUUCUGUCAGAUGGUUCGCUGCCGUGGCACAGAGUACAUGCUGUGAAUCCUGAGGGACCAGUGGGUAAGAAUGGCAUUGUGCAACCUGGCGAUCAUCUGGUGGAGGUAAGUGGAGUCAUGUUCUUGGGGGGGAGUGGGGUACGUAUGUCCCUUCUCUAAAUUUCAAAUAUGUUUCAUGUUUUGAGAAGUAGGCCCAUUUUUAUAUCGUUUGUCACCAUUUCACCUUGUCUUAUGUUGCUGUUUCAAGGACAUGUUGCUUGGCGGAAUUUUAUCCUAACAUGGCCUUAUGUUACUGUCUUUUUUUAAAGCCAAUUUCCAUUUCAAUUUGAUAAUGUUAUCUAGUGACAAUCAACAUCCUACAUUAGUGAUCACCCUUGGGGAAUAUCCAACUGACCACUUAAUACAGGUUUGACAAACGUAACAGUACUAAUCUUUAUUAUUUUGUCAGGUGAAUGGUGAAAGUGUACUGGAGAUGAGUCACUCAGACGUUGUGUCACUUAUUCAAGCUUUGCCACUGGACUUCCGAUUGGUGGUUGCUAGAAAACGAGAAUUGGUCGACGAGGAACUGCCAAUAGCUACAGAAGCUGAAGGAGAGUUGGAGAGUCAACCAACACAAUCUGCGAAACAAGGUGAGGUGGCAUUCAGGCCAGCGGUUGGAGACUAUGAAGACGAAGAAGGAACUGGAGAGAGUCCUCCAGACUCGGCAAGGGACAAUGCUGAAGUAAAGCUGGAAAUUGAUGGGCAGAGAAAGCAAAGAGAAAGUGAGUUUUCUUUUCAAUCGCGUACUGUUAACUCUGGCCAAUCAGGUACGAGCCGAAAAUCAAAUGAGCCAAUCACAUACCGAGGCUAUGUACGUGGCGGGAAUUUGUGACGGGUGCCAGGCGCGGGAAAAUGCUUGAGCAAGUUUUGAUUGGUUGAGGAAAUAUUCACGAAAUCUCUCAACCCAUCGCGAAGCUUAGUGGUGCAAUGAAUCGAGUCUCAUAAAAUGAAAAUCACGGAAACUCCUCUACCAAAUCAAAACCGUUGCAGUUCAACAUCGAUAAACCAGUCAAAGGUAGCUCUUGCCUAGCGCGGCAAAAGGUAAGCAAGGGAGCCUCGUUGGUGUGGUUUUGCCUUAAUUUAAUAGGUUAGAACAGUGGCGCGGAAGUCUCAAAAUUGCUUUUAAAAACUAUUAAUAAACGGUCUUACGGCGUUUAAAGUGGGAUUUUCCAUAUUCGUUCGUACUAUGAGUGCAACAGUAAACUGUUGGUAGGAACUGCCCUCGAGCUUUCUGUUAGACAGCUGCGAAGUAGUGAGGCAUAUCCUUUAUAGCGAGUUUGACUAAGUAUAAUUUUCACCUCUUUUUUUACUCGUGUUGUAGGCAAACACUCAGCCUUGCUUGGCGACAUAGAGGUUGAAAAAGUAAGCGACAAUGAAUCGAGUGACAGUGAAGAAGAAGAAGACAGGUCCGGCAAGUUUGAUUUUGGUCCGCCAUUGUUGUUUUCUGGAGACUCCGUUGACUUGGACAGUUUACCGGAAAACAUUAAAUCACGUAUGGAGACGAUAACCAUUCGGCGUCAGAUGGUUGGAAAACUAGGUCAGUUCAUAAUUAAAGAACGCAUGUGUUGCGAAUUUAUAUAUCAAAAUUCACACACUGGGAGCAGCCACAAAUUUAGUGAAACAUGCUCAGAGUAUGAAAAGAAGGUCAAAAUAACACAGCAAAUAUAAAAGAACGCCCGGAUGGACGAACCUGAAAAAGAUUGGAACGAUGCCACUGGACUUCCGAUUGGUGGUUGCUAGAAAACGAGAAUUGGUCGACGAGGAACUGCCAAUAGCUACAGAAGCUGAAGGAGAGUUGGAGAGUCAACCAACACAAUCUGCGAAACAAGGUGAGGUGGCAUUCCAUUCAUCUUGAAUAAAUAAAUAAGGUAUUGUGUAAUUUCCCUUACUUUUACUGAUCUAUCUUUUUUAACAUGAAUUAGUAGAAGAGAGUCUAGACCUGGGAAUUACCACGCCCAGCCCAAUGCUGUCUCAGCUACCCGAUAGCCCCAGCCCUACCGGUUUCAAUGCCUCUUCCAUGUCACAAUCCAUGUGGUCUGAAGACACAGAGUAUGUUGAGCUAGAAAAGGAAGACAGGGGACUGGGAUUUAGCAUUUUAGAUUAUAAGGUGAGACAUUCCAGAAGCAAAUCUUUGGUUACAAUCAUUUGUUAUUACAAUAAUCCACAGGUAGAAACAGUCUGGAGUUGACCUUUUUUGAUACAACCCUUCCUGUUUUUUAUGUAAAUCACGUUUUUUAUGCUAACUAGUAUUUCUUUAGCAUAAAUUUCAUUAAAACAAGGUCAACCUCAGCCUCAGUUCACUCAGAGGCUAGGGGACUAAGCUCACAACUGUUAAAUGGUCCAUCGUAGCAUAUGCGACCCAUUCCUUAAACGAGUUUGGCAUGUUUUGUCCGCUAAGCGCCGGCGUGCUUUGCACGUUGGCUGGUCUUUCAGCUUCACUGUUCGCGCUAAGUUUUCAUAACCGCUACAAGACAGCCUUCACGCAGGCUAACCGGUUGUAAUUACUCUUGAAAAUCUGUUACUUGUGUAUCCUGUUUGUCCGAUGCUACUUGUACUUUGACCUUCUUCUGCAAGUCUGCAGUCUCCCGUAAGUUCACGAUUUUGAGCGGAAUUAUUACUUUUUCUUUUCCUUAUAAUAAGGGUUCUGUUAUUUAACAGUUAAUGAAUGAGGCUGAGUAUCUUAUGAAGAAUUAUGGAGAUCGAGGAGGGUGUUAUUCGACGAGGCCGUAGGCCGAGGCGGAUAACACCCUCCAAGAUCUCCAUAAUUCUUCAUAUGAUACGAAAGCCGAAUUCAAUAACUGUUUUAUUAUUCAUUCCUAGUUUAAAAACAUAGCUAAAACAUGCUUACCUCCAUCGAUCCAUCGAUGUUCAGUUCAUCUUCGAUAGUGUACAUUUAGGUUUGUCCAACUCCGCAAAUAUUCUCCAGAUAGCAGAUGUCGCCCCUCGAGUUGUCUUCUUGCUCUUCUUGCCAUGUUUUUAGCUAUUUUUUCGCCUUGUUCUUACUCUUAAAACGAGUGAAAUGUCCGCCAUUUUUUCAAGUUCACAACCAAAACAACUCAACCUCGUGCCCAGGUCUUCUCGGUUAACGGUGCCUUAACCUGCGAAAACGCUGCAUUUUGACGUCAUUUCCUCGUUAAAGUCAAAAUUCCGCCAAAUUUGGUCAUCAGUAACUGGUUAUGGUGAAUUAAACGUGUGCUUUUAGCCAAUUAGAAUCGGGGAAAUAUUUUGAAUGAAUAAUAAAAGGCCUUAAAUUAUAAGCCCUCAGUUAAAACGUCUUUGCUUUUAUAGGAUCCAGUUUCUCCAGAGAAGACCGUGAUCGUGAUCAAGAGCCUGGUACCCGGUGGAGUGGCAGAACAAGAUGGCCGCUUGCACCCAGGAGACCGUCUGAUGUCAGUGAAUGAUACAGAUUUGGAGAACUCCUCACUCGCUUAUGCCGUGCAGACUCUUAAAGGAACGCCAAAGGGUGAGAUGGAAAAAAAUGAUGAGAAUUUGUUUGAAAAGUGAUACCACAGGUGACCCAAGUGCUCAGUGAGAUUCGAAACCUAGCACUUGGGUCAAAUUGAACUUUAAUGAAGUACAUUUGCGAUUUUCUUUUAUUCUCGAAGUCCUACGAUGGAUAUGACUUGAGGGAAGGGAAGUAUUCGAAGUAUUCGAAAACGUUCUUUUAAACUUCAGGUAAAGUAAGAAUUGGAGUUGCCAGGCCAGCGGUUGGAGACUAUGAAGACGAAGAAGGAACUGGAGAGAGUCCUCCAGACUCGGCAAGGGACAAUGCUGAAGUAAAGCUGGAAAUUGAUGGGCAGAGAAAGCAAAGAGAAAGUGAGUUUUCUUUUCAAUCGCGUACUGUUAACUCUGGCCAAUCAGGUACGAGCCGAAAAUCAAAUGAGCCAAUCACAUACCGAGGCUAUGUACGUGGCGGGAAUUUGUGACGGGUGCCAGGCGCGGGAAAAUGCUUGAGCAAGUUUUGAUUGGUUGAGGAAAUAUUCACGAAAUCUCUCAACCCAUCGCGAAGCUUAGUGGUGCAAUGAAUCGAGUCUCAUAAAAUGAAAAUCACGGAAACUCCUCUACCAAAUCAAAACCGUUGCAGUUCAACAUCGAUAAACCAGUCAAAGGUAGCUCUUGCCUAGCGCGGCAAAAGGUAAGCAAGGGAGCCUCGUUGGUGUGGUUUUGCCUUAAUUUAAUAGGUUAGAACAGUGGCGCGGAAGUCUCAAAAUUGCUUUUAAAAACUAUUAAUAAACGGUCUUACGGCGUUUAAAGUGGGAUUUUCCAUAUUCGUUCGUACUAUGAGUGCAACAGUAAACUGUUGGUAGGAACUGCCCUCGAGCUUUCUGUUAGACAGCUGCGAAGUAGUGAGGCAUAUCCUUUAUAGCGAGUUUGACUAAGUAUAAUUUUCACCUCUUUUUUUACUCGUGUUGUAGGCAAACACUCAGCCUUGCUUGGCGACAUAGAGGUUGAAAAAGUAAGCGACAAUGAAUCGAGUGACAGUGAAGAAGAAGAAGACAGGUCCGGCAAGUUUGAUUUUGGUCCGCCAUUGUUGUUUUCUGGAGACUCCGUUGACUUGGACAGUUUACCGGAAAACAUUAAAUCACGUAUGGAGACGAUAACCAUUCGGCGUCAGAUGGUUGGAAAACUAGGUCAGUUCAUAAUUAAAGAACGCAUGUGUUGCGAAUUUAUAUAUCAAAAUUCACACACUGGGAGCAGCCACAAAUUUAGUGAAACAUGCUCAGAGUAUGAAAAGAAGGUCAAAAUAACACAGCAAAUAUAAAAGAACGCCCGGAUGGACGAACCUGAAAAAGAUUGGAACGAAUUGCAACUGUGGUUUUUGAAACCUUGUUGGUCUAAAAGUGUUGUUACACGGGACGAUUCGCAACGACGAUUUUUAGCGUAACACAGCGUUACAACAUUGUUAUUACAUUGUUUCGAAUGGCUACAAUAUUGUUCCAACAUUUGAACCCUGUCUUGCGCUAAAAAUCGUCGUUGCGAAUCGUCCCGUGUAACAUCACUUUAACAGUUUUUCAAAGUUGAUUCUUGCUGUUUGUAGCGUUUGAUAUUAUGCGUGGGAGACAAAUUUGUUUGACGAAGUUGUUAUUUUGUCGCUGAUAAGUAAUUUGUCAACUUUCAUGGCGACUAAAGACGCGUUAUUGGAGAUAUGAGGGACGUUAAGAUCCAACGGCGCGACGGCAACGAGAGCGUCGCUAAAAAGGUGAAUUUGCGUCCUUUCAGUCUUUAUGGUGAUUAUUCCUACCCACUUACUUUGUCAAAUGUAGGCAAACCCUCCCGAAGUUGAGUUCCAAGGGACUAUAUCCAAGUCCAGAUUUCGUCGUUAUUUGUUUACGUUCUUCAUAAAACGCGAAAUUAUGCUAUUUCACGUGGUAGUCGUGCAAAAAUGGCAAGAAAUGUACAAAAGUGUGAUGCACGUGCGAUGUUGUUGUUUUGGUAAUUAAGCCUAUUGUUUCUUUGACGUUCUCCUAGCGGUCGCGUCGUCGGAUCUUAAAGUCCCUAUUAUAACGAACCAGACAACCAUGACACGGCUCCUUUAAACAAGGCGUGUGUUGCGUGUUAAACAGUUACAAUAAACAACCACGAUAACUAUAAGGACCUGUUUACAUGGAGGUGAGGUGACCCGCCUCAUGUCACCUCGCCUACCUGGCAAUCUGCACAUGCGAUAAACUCAUAAAUUAAAUAUUUGUUUGGCAAUGUAUAUUUAACGUUUUCGGGAGAAAAUUUAUUAAAAUUGCUUUUUGGUAUGAUUCAGUUGAUUGGUUCGGGGCGUCCUAAGUUCGAUGUCUGACCCAACAGACGAUCUAAACUUAAUUCAGGUCGACCCAAAUUAGAGUUUUGUUCGUCUCGUGAAAAGUUCGACGCCUGGCCUAGGUCUAAGGAAAUUGAAAUAGGCUCAAUAGCCCAAAUGAAGUUUAAAAACAAGCUAUAUCACCUCCUCUUAGUGACAUCAUUGUGGCUGCUUAAGGUUGCUCUACCCUUAAGGAAAAUACAUAGGCAGAAGUGAAAAAUGUUUUGCAUGUUUGUAAGCCUUGAUAUCGUAUACGAAGACGCAGGACGGAGGGAAAAGAAACGUUUCGUGAGGAGGGUGAUAUCAGAUGGUCGCGAUAUGCUCCCUUUUUGCCGAUUUGCACAUACGACACAAGGACAUUGCACUAGCAAACGAGAGUGGAAAAGUUAUCUUUUCGCUUGCCUAUUCUUAUGCUUGUGCUCCAACUGUUCAGUCGUGGUUCUCUUAUGCUUAUUGCGCUUUCAAGUUCUAAAUACAGGCGUGGUCAAAACGAGAGAAAUUCGUCGUGUGAAAUAUGUCGUGUUUUUCUCUGCGUUAUAUAACUCUAAACGUGUUUUCGAUAAGCUCAAUUUCGUGGUGCACUUCAUCCAGGUUUGACUCUAAAGGGUGAUGAAGACGGCUGUGGAUGUGUUGUCAAGUCUGUUUUGAACGGAGGCGCUGUUGGACUGGACGGCCGGAUAGGGGUCGGGGAUCACAUUUGUGCUGUCAAUGAUGAAAGCAUGAUCGGCCUGUCAAGUCACAGAGCUAGGUAUUGGCAUUUAAUGGCAUUAAAGUUGUAUAUACAAGCUUUUUCCAGCAUCAAAACACCGAUUAGUGGGUAGAGAUCAGAGCCACUGAAUUUGGUAAUUGAAUAAGACAUGAGGACUGGAGCCUGAUGAGUGCCAAAGGCUCCCCUUCCCUCCCCCCUCUUUUACUCUUGUAUAUGUUCAGUGGUUGUUCCAAAACAAAACCACUUAAUGUCAUAUGAAUUGCUUGUACUUUUUCAGGUCAGUGCUUCGGAAACAGUCUUUACUGAAGGAUAUAGUGUGAGUAUAUCAGUAAUUAAAGUCAUUAACUUUUUUUAAGCGCUGAAAAACUCUUGUGAGCAAGAUUGCGACGGGUUUCGUUCAAUUUCCCGACUGGCAGAGACUCGUAAAAUCAACAGAGAUUCAAUUAGCUAAGCAGUAGAUAAAGUGACUCAAAGAGCCAAUUCGUGCGUUGACGGCGUUAGUCGAAUUCUCUUAGAUAAAGAUAAAUUCCUUUCAGCUGUAAUUAAACCUUUGUCAACCUAACGUCAUUUUCUAGACGUUACCUAUGCCUGCAUUUACAUGUCUCAGUAAUUGACUUUAGGAUAUUGGUCAGACUAUUGGUUAUUGGUCAUUGAGAGGUUGAGAGUAGGACUGGGACAGCGUCACGUAUCGAGUUGCAUUAUGGGAGUAUUUUGAAGGACGCCAUCUCUCCUUUUAUUGGCUAUUACGAAAAUGCGCAGAAAACCUACCAGUGUCCCCUCAAAACAGCCUCAUAAAGAAAACCAACGCUAACACGGUCUCAAAAUGGUCGAUAAUGAAAGCCUUAACUCGCUUCAUUUUUUUGUAGGUUUACAUUCAUUCGUAGCGAUAUGACGCCUGCACGUGCUAUUCAACAGUCCCCCUCAUCUUUCCUAGAAGACAGCUCGACUUCAUCAAUGGAUUCUUCGCCGCUGGAGGCUGAACUUGAACGAGAGCGGAGAAGGUACUAGGAGAAGAGGGAAUUAUGCUACUUUGGGUUUAUGUAGUUACAGUCAAUGUAUGGGGCUAUAAAAGUGUCAAUAAAUGUAAUAAUUUUAUUAUUUCGUUAAGAAUAUGAUAAUAAAAAGAGUAGGCUCACCUACGCCUCUUCAGUCUUAGAUCUUGACGUCAUGUUAUGCAUUGCCAGGUUUCUCAGUAGCGAUGGAUGACCAUGAACGAUUUUAAAAGCGUAAUUUAUUCGGAAGUUGAAAUUUUGGUCAGCAUCUUACCUAUAUAUUGGGAGGGAAUUACCAGCUUCCUGAAAAUAUAUUGAGAAAUACAACUCGCAAGCCUCUAGUUUCCUAUGGAACCGUUUAAUCCCGUCACGCAUCGCUCUUCGUGGAGAGCGUUGUGUGACGAGACAAAAACGGCUGCGUGGGAGAUUAGCAAGCCUCGUGAUGCUCAUUUGCUUGCUUUUCCAUGCCUAUUUUAGGGACGAAGCUGAAGAGCACACCAUCCCAGACGCAGGAGAAAACCUUCCAGACCUGCUUCAGUCGGCCAGACCGCCCAUCUAUGACGAACCUGGAGUUCGAGUGGUCGAACUCAACCGCGGGCCUGAUAGUGGCCUGGGUAUCAGCAUCGUGGGCGGAAAAGUAGGUCCGGGAGGUCUGGGCCUCAAAGGCAUCUUUAUCAGACACGUACUAGAGUCCAGUCCGGCUGCGCGCUUAGGAACGUUGGUGACUGGUGACCAGAUUUUAGAGGUAAUGCAUCUAGUGAAUUAAGGUCUAUAGUUGAGUUUGUCAAGCCUCACCAAAUGGAGACUUUCGUUUCGUAACCAAACAGGGACACAAGUGACGAGCAAACUGUAUAGGAGCCAACUAAGUGUUCAACAACAACUAAUCUCAAAGAUAAAAUGAUAUGCAGGCGCCAUACAAGACAGACUCUUGUACACUGUGCGGCAUCAUAUAGGUCAUAUAACCUGAGGGCAAAAAGAAACUAGGGAUACAUACCAUCGACCGGGGAAAAAAUGGAAAAUGGAAAUUCCGCUUGUAAUCAAAUGGUUCACCCGAUACCAUUCAGAGGGAAUUUUUAGUCUUUUAAUUUCUUGUAAUUGCUACAGUGCCGCAUCCAGACCUUGAGAUAAGGGGGGAGGGGGGCGCGGUCAUCCAGACACUUAGAAAACAGGGCUUAGGGUUAGUGCUUCAUUUAAGAUCCCUGUAUGUCAGUACCCUCUCAUUAAAGACAACCAAGUUUGGUUUAAAAUUCAGCAACAGUUUUGUGGAAUCAACUACCCGACACUAUGAUAAUUAGAGUAAGUAAGCAUGGCUGCUAGAAAGGAGAUACGAAAGGAGUUUCGAAAGUAACCACCCUCAGUACUUGUAACAUUUGCUGACACCUGUGAAAUUUUAUCGCUACUUUCGAAGGGUCGCUUCUUUUGGGAGGUCGUUACUUUCGGAACUUGCGGUAAAGCUAGGACAGCAUCUACUAUAUCCUUCGUUAUAACCUCACUUUUCAUUUUUUCUUAGGUUGAUGGUCACGAUCUCCGUGACGCAUCCCAUGACGAGGCUGUGGAGAUAAUCAAACGCGCCAAGAAUCCUGUGCGUUUUGUGGUAAGAACCGUGUCUUCCAGCACAAACGGCCCACCCGCGAUGCCAGUCACACCGGAAGUAGCACUUAACAAUCAGGUGGGUUACUUUGAUCUAAUGGUCUCUCUAGACUGCGAGCGAGCGACCAUGCUAGCAUUAGCCUGCGAGCAAGCUCUCCAAUGAAUUACAUGUAUGGCGAUCGAAGCGAUUCGUGAUGGAAGGUGCGAGCGAGUGCGUGCUUUAAAAAGCGCAUGUCGUGCAGUAAUGCCAAUUUGUCAUCGGCUAUCUCCCUUGCUUCGAGAGGUAUUUUCGACGGUUUUUCACUCAAACACAAACACUCCUGAAUUUUAAUUCCAUCUAGAACGCACACACGCGUGUUCAUACGUGUUUCGUGGGUAAACAAAUUAAGCCUCUCAGCCCCGUUAUUCACAUAACCUUCUCCAGACUUAUAUCCAUACAUUUCCUUAGAGAGUUAGUCAAGAGAAUUUGUGAAAGAUCAAAGCAAUUUCCCUUAAGUGAUCAUUUUCCUAGUUCUCAUAACUUUUUCUCUUGAUUAAUGUACUUAUGUAUCAAACUGCGUUCUUGAAAUCAUUAAAUCAGAAAAUUUCCCAAGCCGUACUCUUUGUUUAGCUCGUCUGAAAGAUCUGUAGAUAGGAUCCUUUAUUUUUCGAAAAUCGUAAAUAAUUGAUCCAUAUUAUUAUUUUAUUGGACUCCUUUAUACAGUCGAACAAUGGAAUGAAAAAAUAAACAAAGUGAAUGAUUAAAUGCGGGGUGGUUGUGAUUCAAUGAUCUGUUAAUGUUUGUUUUGAGGUUUACUUGAAAGAAAAACAAAAAAAACCAAAACCCAAAAAACUCAAAUUACGACAGAUUCAACCCGGAGAGGCGUCUGUCUGUUCGAUUUUAAGAAGAUAUCCGUGACAGUUGGGUAUUUUGAAAAAAUAAUGCAUAUUUAGAGGCAGGUUGAGGCAGAUAACAAACAAACAUCACUACAGCUGUAAGGGAUUUUACAAGUUUUUCCCCAUUCAAUAUGCCGCUACGUUUCGGAAGAUCAAAAGGUUUAAAUUUGGAAAGAGAUCGAAGUUAUGUUUGUAAGGUAACAUCUUCGCAACGCGCUAUUCUCGUUACAACAAAUGCCCAGACACUACAUAAAACUAUAAGUACGUGUAUCGCUUAUGGUUUAAUGACAUGAUAAGUUUAAAACUUGUAGAGCAUUACUCAUUGUUCCUUUCAGAAGUUAAUUAAUAACAUUUCCAUCUAAAAAUGCAAGGCAAUCUUAUUUCAUGCUUUGUUGUACUGCCUGUAAUCGUAAGUCAAUAUUCAAACCUCUCACUUCUAAUUAUUAUCCUUUAUUUGUAUUUUAAUUCGUUUAUAAUAUUUAUAGUCCUAUCUCUGAUCAAUUUUCGCCCCAUGUAAAGGAGUCCAAGAUAGUCUUGUAUUCUGGAUUCCACGCCGUGGAUUCCGGUUUCCAGGUAGUAGAUUUGUCAAUGGAACUUGAAUUCAUCAGGGGGAAUCUGGAUUCCACUAGCAAACAUUUCCCAGAUUCUUGAAUUCGGACUCCCUUAAGUGGGGAAUUCCAGUAUAUUUUGCUGCAUUUGAGUGAUAAACUAUCAGUAUUGUACAAUAUUGACAUAGGCUAGCAACGUUCUGUUUUGUCAAUGUUGUUAUCCCAUAAUAGGGACCUUAAGCAAAGGCAUUUUUGGGCGACGCACGUUAAUCGAAAAUGAGGCUUUUUCCUUUAGUAUUUUUGUUCUUAUAGAAACAAUGUGGCCGAAAAUUUGGGCACAGCCACUGCCCAAGAAAGCAAAAAUUCCACGUGUGGUUGACGUGUGUGUUACUAAAAACGUCUUUGCUUAUAAGAACUCUAUUAAUAACGUAAUAACUUAAAAACUGGUCUUGUGUUUGUUGCUUACUACUACUUCUUUUUAUCAUUCCAAGGUCGAAUCAACGAAUGUGACAGUAACGAGUGCUAGGCCCUCAUCCGAGUUGUCUACUUUGCCAUCUGAUGACUCGCUGAGAAAAGACAUUCCUAUUCCCGCCAAAAACCUUACCGUUGAAGCAGAAGAACCAGUCACGAGCGUUGUCAAGAGUGAUGACGUCAAGGCCGAUAUUGAGAGCAAAUUGUUGAACUUACCUCCGCGUUUUAACAUAGUCAAGAGUCAGGAAGACAGAAAAAGUAUGGUGUUUUUGUAUAUUUAUUAAUUUGUUUUCCCUCUUUUUUUUCUGGGUUGUAAUUGCGUUUCUGUGACACAAGCAGCGAAGUCAAAUUAUAACGGAUAGGUUAUCACCCAGUUUGUCAAAUAGUGAUUUAAAAAAAAAAAAAAACGGUUUAAUUUUUUUUUAGUAACUUUCAUUCAAGCUUAGAGUAGCCUGGCUAGGUGCAAACCGUUUCGAGCUUUCCUUAUGCGCUCGCUAUCCCUGGCUGAUCGUUUUAUGUUUGACAAAAAUCUUUUUAAAAGUGCUGUGUUCAUUACUCUUACGUUGUGUAUGUUUCAAUUUAUAACCCGCAUAGACAAAGCCCGUUAGCAACCAUUCAAAUCUAAACGUCUUUGUGUUUCCCAGAGCAACUGAGAAUUAAGUACCCGGAUGUUACGGGCGAGUUCCUGAUCGUGAAUCUUACAAAAGGAGGCACUGGAUUGGGUAAGUUGAACUGCAAAAGGAGCGAUCAGAGUAAAAUUCAUGAAAAUUACAAAAGUUCAUUAGAGCGGUUUUCAUUUGAGUGUCGAAAAGUAAUUGGUUUUGCACUUUCUACAGGAUGCGAUUGGCUUAAAAGAUUCGCGCCACCUUUUCAUCCAAUCAGAAGUAAAACCAAAGCCAAUUGUGACGCGCUCGCAUGCAUUUUCCCGCGCUUUGCGUCAGCCACAUGUAAUUACUUCGAGUUUUGAUUGGUUCAAUGUAUUGUCUGUGUCCUAUGUGAUUGGCCAGAGUAAUUACUUUGGUUUUGGUUUUACGACACUCAAACAAAAACCACUCUAUGCUGAAAAACAAAAGUCUUUACAGGAAGCUGCUGCUGAAGAACAGGAUGCAACCCUGCGUUUUCCAGGGCCAGUUGCUUAAACCCGUUUGCCAGGGGGCCAAUUUAAUAAAACUUUUACAAGCGUAAUUUACAGUUAGUGUAGCCAAUGUUUUAAAGUCUGAAAACAAUAGCUACACUUGUAAAUUGCUCGUGUUAAAGUUUUAUAAAAUAGACCAUUUCCGAGGCCGUCAUAGGGAAUACCCCCCGCCCACCUCUUGGAGACUUGACUACUGUGCUAACGUCUGGCGUCAGAAUAGAGAGUUUUACUGAGAUAAACGGCAGAGGCUGUCUCUUAUGCAAGACCUUUACCGUGAAGUGAUAUUGUGUGUGCUUUUGUAGUUUUUGUAUAUAAUGUUUCGUUUUGACUGUUUAAAAAGCAACCAGUAUGAUUCCCAACGCACUUUUUCUUUGGUAGUUGUUCAGUAAGGUGCAAAGUCGCUGACUGGUUUCUCUCUCUAAAGAAUCUCGUUUAACCUGUAAAUCUUGUUUUGUAUUCAGGUUUGAGUAUUGCAGGCGGUAAAGGUGCUGCGGCAAACCGUAUUUUUGUUGUUGAUGUAAAGCCAGGCGGGCCAGCGGAAAAGGAUGGAAAAAUACAACAAGCGGACGAAAUCUUGGAGGUUAAUGACGUCGGCAUACGGGGCUUGACUCAUUACGAGGCUUCAACCAUAUUAAAGGUUAGUUUUAAUCUUGAUUUAAUGUUUUAUUUGAUAUCAUGUUUUAUUUUUGUUUUGCCUUGUAUAAUAUCACGUCGUCUUUUAGACUGAACGGUGGGCUUUGAUUACGAGUUCCCUGCCUUUUACUCGUCUUCCGUCGUUUUGAACGCAAGGUGGAUCUUUUAUGGUUUGUUAAAAUACUUUAAGUGAAACAUUGUAUUUGUUUUGAAAUCUGUAACGAGUGGAACAAAUGAAUCAAUUGUUACAAGAAACAAUGCGCUUCUGGUUGGCAAAUUAAUAUCAACAGGUUACGUCAGCGUAACUAACGCUAUCGCACUGUUCUUUCCGUUUAAUGAAACGAACCUGUCAGUGAUUCAAUGUAGUUCCCCCAACUCACUUCACAUGCCUCUUGCUAGAAUCCCAACAGUUUUACUAUAUUUUUUGAGCAAAUUUUGUAACCAGGAAAAUCAAAUUCUGUAAAUGAUAUCCUGAGGGUUUGUUUUCCACUAUUUCUAUUUUCCCCCUAGAACACCCCUCCUGAGGUCGAGCUGGUGCUGGGGCGCACACAGGAAGCUGCUGAUUUUCUGAGUCGAGCCCGAACACCACCGGCUCAUGAAUCUCCCAGGGGCCGCGCGUCAUUUGAACCAGAAGUGAAACCACUCAAUGUUCAGUCCACCGAGUCAUCGCCGUCAGCUCAGAGAAGAGAAACCGGAAGUCCCCGACGAUCUGGGCCCAGCCCUAGUGCCAGUCCUCCACCGGUUGCUGAGGGUAUUACUGUGUCACCGACUCUUCUUAAAGAACUGUCAGGGGGUCAGAAAGUCGAGUUCAUUGACUUUAUCAAGGUUGGUAAAAUGUUAUGUGUGUGCCGAAUAGAACCCUUGUUUUCAUUGGAUUUCUUUUUGGAAGUUGUGUUGCCCCCUCCCGCCCACCCCUUGCUGAACCUGCGCGGAUGUACGUAAUAUAGGCAAUUGAGGGACUCUUUGCUAUACUAGCAUGCGGCUCCGAGUGGGGAUGUAGCAAUACUCCUAGCUGUAGCCUUUUGUUUGACGUUUUCGCCUCUCACAUUUAAUAAUAGUCUCACCCAGACGGUCUAACUUUUGGGUACCUUGCACGAAAACCGAGUGGGGGCUGGGGAUAGCUGGGAAGUCUCUCUUCUCGCCGUUUUAGCCCGUCCGCUUUUCCCGCUUGUUUGCAAGGACCGAGAGCCUGGCACCGGCUAAUGAUACCUCUACAACAGCUCAUGUUAUAGUAACAUCUGUUUCCCAUAUCUUACAAAGUGGAAGUAAGAAUUUUCCUUGCAAUGGUUUUUAGACUCUUGCAAGAAAGCGUUGCGUUACAGAUACGUGACUCCUGUACCCCAUAACCAUUUUAUAGUGGAUUAUGCAUGAGCAAACUCGACUUGACCUCUGCUGAGGUUUAAUAUAAAUCGGUGGUUCAUUCUUUUUUUGUGCAGUAAAAGUAGCUUUCUUCGGACUGGAACACCUGGUAAUAUGUAUUUUUCUGAUGCACCAAUCAACCUUUUCCUUUCUUUUGUUAGAGUCCUACUGGUCUUGGUUUUGCUGUGGUGGAAGGCCCAGGAUUUGUUGAGGGCCAGACAGGUAUAUACGUAAAGGACAUCACUGAGGGAGGACCUGCCCAAAAGGUACUUCAACCUUUCCUGGUUCUCUCAAACAAAAUGCUUGUGUAUAUAUUUAAGUGUCUGUGUUAACGCGACGUUUUUGUAAGGACUAGCGAGACAUUUGACCUCAGCGAAGAGUACUCCUAAGCUAGUUUCUGCUUUAUCUUUAGGACAACCGACUGAGGAAAGGAGAUCAGCUGCUUGCAGUGGAUAACCAACCCAUUGUAGGACUUUCUCAUGCUGAGGUAAACGGCUGUCGCUCGUGAAAUACAAUCAAACCUUCAGUGAGGCCUAUCCCUCGUUAACGGACAUUAAAAUGCUUUCCGAGGGCGGGAAUUUCACUGUUAAGACACUGUUUUUUUAGCCUUCCAUAAGAGGACAUCGUAAGCAAACGUGCACACUCCUUCUUGGGGCUGUAUAAGCUAAAAAUAACCUUACUUAAGCGACCAGUAAAACAAAACAAGACUAGACUGAAGGAGGAUUCAAACUGCAGACAACUGAGGGACGGAGAAGAGGAACACUACCUUGCCCUGUGAGCAUUUUGGCCUACAGACAUAGGAAAAGAGUGGGAAAGAAAGAUUUGAUUAGGUUUGCGCUUUUAUAGUCGUUGUUAUCUCUGCGAUCUACAAAGUGACCCGUCGUGAAACAAACGAUAGGUGAAGCCUGUCAUACACAAAGCACCCUGAAUACUGUCUUUCGGCGUUGUAUUUAAAAAAAAAAUGGUAACGAAGAAAAAGUGUGGCUGGUUAUAUUGUCAACAAUUCCUUUAACAUUCAAUCAAUUAGACCCCGUCCACACGUAUCCGGAGAUUUUUGUAUCCGCAAAUUUUUUUAUGCGGAUACAAAAAUAUCUGCGUCCACACGUAGCGUAUACGAAUCGUAUACGACCGUCCACACGUAUCCGAUUCGUAUCCGGAUCCCCCUGAGAUGACCGGUUUUCUAAUACAACUGGUAUUCUGCGAAAAAAAAAAACUAUGUGGUUUAUUGGUGUUGAAGUAGAGCAAGAGACGAUCAGUGCACCCCCUCCUAAAAAAAAUCCUGGAUCCGCCUCUGGACAUUGCACUAGAAAACGAGGGUGGAAAAGUUAUCUUCUCGCUUGCCUAUUCUUAUGCCUGUGCUCCAACUGUUCAGUCGUGGUUCUCUUAUGCUUAUUGCGCUUUCAAAUUCUAAAUACAGGCGUGGUCAAAACGGGAGAAAUGCGUCGUGUGAAAUAUGUCGUGUUUUUCUCUGCGUUAUAUAACUCUAAACAUGUUUUCAGUAAACUCAAUUUCGUGGUGCACUUCAUCCAGGUUUGACGCUAAAGGGUGAUGAAGACGGCUGUGGAUGUGUUGUCAAGUCUGUUCUGAACGGAGGCGCUGUUGGACUGGACGGCCGGAUAGGGGUCGGGGAUCACAUUUGUGCUGUCAAUGAUGAAAGUAUGAUCGGCCUGUCAAGUCACAGAGCUAGGUAUUGGCAUUUAUUGACAUUAUAGUUGUAUAUGCAAGCUUUUUCUAUUAUCAAAACACCGAUUAGUGGGUAGAGAUCAGAGCCACUGAAUUUGGUAAUUGAAUUAUACAUGAGGGCGGGAGCCUGGUGAGUGCCAAAGGCUCCCCUCCCCCCUCCAUUUACUCUUGUGUAUGUUCAGUGGUUGUUCCAAAACAAAAACGCUUAAGGUCAUACCAAUUGCUUGUACUUUUUCAGGUCAGUGCUUCGGAAACAGUCUUUACUGAAGGAUAUAGUGUGAGUAUAUUAGUAGUUAAAGUCAUUACCUUUUUUUUAGCGCGGAAAAACUCUUGUGAGCAAGAUCGCGACGGGUUUCGUUCAAUUUUCGGACUGGCAGAGAGUCGUAAAAUCAACAGAGAUUCAGUUAGCUAAACAGUAGAUACAGUGACUUAAAGAGCCAAUUCGUGCGUUGACGGAGCAAGUCGAAUUCUCUGAGAUAAAGAUAAAAUCCUUUCCGCUGUAAUAGGCCAUUUGCACGAUGACAUCAUUUUACUACUACGACCAGAAUCUUUCAGGUUUUGCAUUCUUGUGCUAAUUAGGGCUUUUGUUCUUCAAACCUCACUGGGAUUACUAAAUUUAAAUAUGAAAGGAAAAACCAAAAGGAUUCUGGUUGUGGUAGUAAAAUGACGCCAUCGUGCAAAUGGCCUAUUAAAUCUUUGCCAACCUAAUGUCAUUUUCUAGACGUUACCUAUGCCUUCAUUUACAUGUCUCAGUAAUUGACUCUAGGGUAUUGGCCAUUGAGAGGUUGAGAGUAGGACUGGGACAGCGUCACGUAUCGAGUUGCAUUAUGGGAGUAUUUGGGGGACGCCAUCUCUCCUUUCAUUGGCUAUUACGAAAAUGCGCAGAAAGCCUACCAGUGUCCCCGCAAAACAGGCCCAUAAAGAAAACCAACGCUACAAUGACCGAGCCUUAAGCACGAUCUCAAACUGGUCGAUAAUGAAAGCCUUAACUCGCUUCAUUUUAUUGUAGGUUUACAUUCAUUCGUAGCGACAUGACGCCUGCACGUGCUAUUCAACAGUCCCCCUCAUCUUUCCUAGAAGACAGCUCGACUUCAUCGAUGGAUUCUACGCCGCUGGAGGCUGAACUUGAACGAGAGCGGAGAAGGUACAGAGAGCAGAGGGAAUUAUAUUACUUUGGGUUUAUGUAGUUACAGUCAAUGUAGGGUGUCAUAAAAGCGUCAAUAAAUGUAAUAAUUGUAUUGUUUCGUUAAGAAUAUAAUAAUGAAAAGAGUAGACUCAUCUACGCCUCUUCAGUUUUAGAUAUUAUCGUCAUGUUAUGCAUUGCCAGGUUUCUCAGUAGCGAUGGAUGACCAUGAACGAUUUUAAAAGCGUAAUUUAUUCGGAAGUUGAAAUUUUGGUCAGCAUCUUACCUAUAUAUUGGGAGGGAAUUACCAGCUUCCUGAAAAUAUAUUGAGAAAUACAACUCGCAAGCCUCUAGUUUCCUAUGGAACCGUUUAAUCCCGUCACGCAUCGCUCUUCGUGGAGAGCGUUGUGUGACGAGACAAAAACGGCUGCGUGGGAGAUUAGCAAGCCUCGUGAUGCUCAUUUGCUUGCUUUUCCAUGCCUAUUUUAGGGACGAAGCUGAAGAGCACACCAUCCCAGACGCAGGAGAAAACCUUCCAGACCUGCUUCAGUCGGCCAGACCGCCCAUCUAUGACGAACCUGGAGUUCGAGUGGUCGAACUCAACCGCGGGCCUGAUAGUGGCCUGGGUAUUAGCAUCGUGGGCGGAAAAGUAGGUCCGGGAGGUCUGGGCCUCAAAGGCAUCUUUAUCAGACACGUACUAGAGUCCAGUCCGGCUGCGCGCUUAGGAACGUUGGUGACUGGUGACCAGAUUUUAGAGGUAAUGCAUCUAGUGAAUUAAGGUCUAUAGUUGAGUUUGUCAAGCCUCACCAAAUGGAGACUUUCGUUUCGUAACCAAACAGGGACACAAGUGACGAGCAAACUGUAUAGGAGCCAACUAAGUGUUCAACCACAACUAAUCUCAAAGAUAAAAUGAUAUGCAGGCGCCAUACAAGACAGACUCUUGUACACUGUGCGGCAUCAUAUAGGUCAUAUAACCUGAGGGCAAAAAGAAACUAGGGAUACAUACCAUCGACCGGGGAAAAAAUGGAAAAUGGAAAUUCCGCUUGUAAUCAAAUGGUUCACCCGAUACCAUUCAGAGGGAAUUUUUAGUCUUUUAAUUUCUUGUAAUUGCUACAGUGCCGCAUCCAGACCUUGAGAUAAGGGGGGAGGGGGGCGCGGUCAUCCAGACACUUAGAAAACAGGGCUUAGGGUUAGUGCUUCAUUUAAGAUCCCUGUAUGUCAGUACCCUCUCAUUAAAGACAACCAAGUUUGGUUUAAAAUUCAGCAACAGUUUUGUGGAAUCAACUACCCGACACUAUGAUAAUUAGAGUAAGUAAGCAUGGCUGCUAGAAAGGAGAUACGAAAGGAGUUUCGAAAGUAACCACCCUCAGUACUUGUAACAUUUGCUGACACCUGUGAAAUUUUAUCGCUACUUUCGAAGGGUCGCUUCUUUUGGGAGGUCGUUACUUUCGGAACUUGCGGUAAAGCUAGGACAGCAUCUACUAUAUCCUUCGUUAUAACCUCACUUUUCAUUUUUUCUUAGGUUGAUGGUCACGAUCUCCGUGACGCAUCCCAUGACGAGGCUGUGGAGAUAAUCAAACGCGCCAAGAAUCCUGUGCGUUUUGUGGUAAGAACCGUGUCUUCCAGCACAAACGGCCCACCCGCGAUGCCAGUCACACCG